GGGUGUGCGCAGGCGCGAAGCGGGGGUCGCCAUCUUGCCGCUCUGUGGAGGUUGGCGUCGGCAAGGAGAGAGCUGCUCGAGGAGGGAGGCUGCGGAGCUUGUUUGCGCUUGAAGCAAAGCUCUCCCCCGCAGGACUAGGUUGCGGGUGUGCCUCCGAGUAGUGCCUACCAUGGAGGACGUGAAGAAUUUCCUAUAUGCCUGGUGUGGCAAACGGAAACUCACUCCAGCGUACGAGAUCCGUGCUGUGGGCAACAAGACCCGGCAGAAGUUUAUGUGUGAGGUUCGAGUGGCAGGCUUCAACUAUAUUGGCAUGGGCAACUCCACUAACAAAAAAGAUGCACAGACCAAUGCUGCAAGAGACUUCCUCAAUUAUCUUGUUCGGGUGAAUGAAAUCAAGAGUGAAGAAAUUCCAGCUCUUGGAAAAGGACCCAUGGAUGCUCCCACUGAAGGUUUGACUGAAGCAGGAGGCGCAGCAGAGGAAGGUAACUUUCCAUUGGGAGGACCAAUUCCUCCACAUCUGGCAAUCAAAACAGAAACAGAUGGUGCUCAGCCUACUGGAAUUGGCAUCUCAGGGUAUGGUGGAGCACAGUGGGAUCGUGGUGCUAAUCUGAAGGAUUACUAUUCCAGGAAAGAGGAGCAGGAGGCACAGGCAACUUUGGAGUCAGAAGAAGUAGACUUAAAUGCUGGGCUUCAUGGGAAUUGGACCUUGGAGAAUGCCAAAGCACGCUUGAAUCAGUUCUUCCAAAAAGAGAAGAUCCAGGGAGAAUAUAAAUACACUCAAGUGGGUCCCGAUCACAACAGGAGCUUUAUUGCAGAAAUGACUAUUUAUGUCAAGCAACUGGCCCGAAGGAUCUUUGCUCGUGAGCAUGGUUCGAAUAAAAAGCUGGCAGCACAGUCCUGUGCUUUGUCUUUGGUCAGGCAGCUCUAUCAUCUCAACAUCAUUGAGGCUUACUCUGGUCAGACCAAGAAAAAGGAAGGCGAAUCGAUAGAACCUUAUGAAGUCAAACUCACUCCUCAUUUGGAAAACCAGCUUCACAAUAUUGUAGAAGAGAUGGGUCUUGAAGUCAUUCCACCACCUGAAGAUCCCAGCGUUCCCGUUGUACUCAAUCUUGGGAAGCUGGCCCACUUUGAACCAUCCCAAAGUCCAAAUCAAAUGGGGGCUGUGCCAUGGUCACCACCUCAGUCAAACUGGAAUCCAUGGACAAGCUGCAAUAUUGAUGAGGGUCCUUUGGCAUAUGCUACACCAGAGCAGAUAAGCGUUGACAUAAAAAGCAAUCUCAUGUAUCAGCUGGAGAAUGAUCAGGAGCUGCAGAAGAUUCUUCAAGAGAGAGAGACUCUGCCUGUGAAGGGAUUUGAACAAGGCAUUCUAGAAGCCAUCCACAGAAAUCCUGUUGUUAUAAUCCGUGGGGCCACAGGCUGUGGCAAAACCACUCAGGUUCCACAAUACAUCCUGGAUGAAUAUAUUCACAGUGGAAGAGCUGCUGAAUGUAACAUUGUUGUGACUCAGCCCAGGAGGAUCAGUGCUGUUUCGGUGGCAGAAAGAGUCUCCUACGAGAGAGGAGAAGAACCUGGGAAUAGCUGUGGCUACAGUGUCCGCUUUGAAUCAAUCCUUCCCCGGCCCCAUGCCAGUGUGAUGUUCUGCACUGUAGGUGUUCUCCUGAGGAAGCUGGAAGCUGGCAUUCGUGGAAUCAGUCAUGUCAUUGUGGAUGAAAUCCAUGAGAGAGACAUCAAUACUGAUUUCCUGUUGGUGGUUCUGCGGGAUGUAGUUCAGGCCUACCCUGAAAUUAGAGUCAUCCUCAUGUCAGCAACUAUUGAUACCAGCAUGUUCUGUGAAUACUACUUUAAUUGUCCCAUCAUUGAGGUUUUUGGCAGAACAUUUCCUGUUCAAGAAUAUUUUCUGGAAGACUGCAUCCAGAUGACUAAAUUCAUUCCUCCACCGAAGGACAAGAAGAAAAAAGAUAAGGAUGAAGAAGGUGGUGAUGAUGAAGAUACCAAUUGUAACCUUAUCUGUACCAAUGAAUAUGGCCCAGAAACAAAGCGCCACAUGGCCCAGUUGAAUGAGAAAGAAACACCCUUUGAACUCAUUGAGGCCCUCCUGAAGUAUAUCGAAACCUUGAAUGUCCUGGGGGCAGUCCUUGUCUUCUUGCCUGGCUGGAAUCUGAUCUACACUAUGCAGAAGUAUCUGGAAAUGAAUCCGCACUUUGGAAAUCAGCGAUACAGGAUUCUUCCUCUACAUUCCCAGAUUCCCCGUGAGGAGCAGCGCAAAGUGUUUGAUCCAGUUCCCCCUGGAAUGACCAAGGUAAUUUUAUCCACCAACAUUGCAGAGACCAGCAUUACCAUCAAUGAUGUUGUCUAUGUUAUUGAUUCUUGCAAACAAAAAGUGAAGUUGUUCACAGCUCAUAACAACAUGACUAACUAUGCCACCGUCUGGGCCUCGAAAACGAACUUGGAGCAGCGGAAAGGACGAGCAGGCCGUGUUCGCCCUGGGUUCUGCUUCCACCUCUGCAGCAGAGCUCGAUUUGAAAGGCUUGAGACUCAUAUGACUCCAGAGAUGUUCCGAACCCCACUGCAUGAAAUUGCUUUAAGCAUCAAACUACUACGCCUGGGAGGAAUUGGGCAGUUCCUUGCAAAAGCUAUAGAGCCACCUCCCCUGGAUGCAGUCAUUGAAGCAGAACACACCCUCAGAGAGCUUGAUGCACUAGACUGCAAUGAUGAGCUAACACCUCUUGGGAGAAUUUUAGCAAGACUCCCCAUUGAACCUCGGCUUGGGAAGAUGAUGAUAAUGGGAUGCAUUUUCUAUGUGGGAGAUGCUGUGUGUACCAUCUCUGCAGCCACCUGCUUCCCUGAGCCCUUCAUCAGUGAAGGAAAGAGGUUGGGGUAUGUCCACAGAAAUUUUGCUGGUAACCGGUUUUCUGAUCAUGUGGCUCUGCUCUCUGUUUUUCAAGCCUGGGAUAAUGCAAGAAUUGGUGGGGAAACUGCGGAGAUACGUUUCUGCGAACAUAAACGACUUAACAUAGCAACACUCAGAAUGACCUGGGAAGCCAAAGUGCAAUUGAAAGACAUUCUUGUUAACUCUGGAUUUCCAGAAGAAUGUUUGGCGACACAGGUAUUUAACAACACUGGACCAGACAACAGUCUGGAUAUUGUUAUCUCCCUGCUAGCCUUUGGCUUGUAUCCAAAUGUCUGUUUCCACAAGGAGAAAAGGAAGAUUCUCACCACUGAGGGACGUAAUGCACUUAUUCACAAGUCUUCUGUUAACUGCCCUUUCAGCAGUCAGGACAUGAAAUACCCAUGUCCAUUCUUCGUUUUUGGUGAAAAGAUCCGGACACGAGCAAUUUCUGCCAAAGCAAUGACCUUAGUGAGCCCUUUGCAGCUGCUCCUCUUUGGCUCCAAGAAAGUUACAUCUGAUGGAGAGAUUAUUAUGUUGGAUGACUGGAUCAAACUGCAGAUACCUCACAGUGCCGCUGCCUGUAUUACUGCCCUGCGAGCAGCAAUGGAAGCCCUUGUGGUUGAAGUAACCAAAAAUCCAGAAAUCAUUAGUGACCUAGAUCCAUUGAACAAAAACAUGCUGAACGUUAUUGGGGAAAUCUCAAAGCCACUAGCAGCUGGCAUCAAUCUCACAUUGGGCAAUAUGAGGUAUGGAGAUGGCCCUCGUCCACCCAAGAUGGCCCGAUAUGACAAUGGAGGAGGCUACAGAGGAAGAGGUGGUGGUGGCGGCGGCUACAGGGGGGGAUAUGGAAGGGGGGGAUACGGGAGUGGUUAUGGAGGCGGUUAUGGAAGUGGUUAUGGAGGUGGAUACAGUUCUUACCGUGGCGGCUCUGGGGGAGGGGGUUAUUCAGGAAGGGGUGGUUUUCAAGGUCCUGGAGGCUUUCAAGGUUCUGGUAGAGGAUUUCAAGGUGGUGGAAACAGAGGUGGUGGUUUUGGAGGUGGUUGGGGUGGUAGAGGUGGCUACUGAAAAUAGUAUCCCAGUGUAACAUGUAUGAAUUAAUACAUCCCCAUAUAUUUCCUUUGUUUGUAUUGUGCAACUGUUCAUGGUCCUAGAGUUAACAGUAGAUUGAAAGAAUUAUUUAAAUUCUGGAAUCUAUGUAAAAUAUUGAUUCUUACAAUGGUGUUCCAUGUCUUCAUUUUGAACCUAGUAAUACACUUUUUUUUCAUGGAUAAUGCAUUGGGACCAUGUUUCAUUUUGACUGUGAUUUAAAUGCACCUAUUUUAAACUUACAAAAAUGUUAUAAAUCACUCAGCUGAGACUUUCCAGUGAAUUUGGUCUGCUCUUUUCAAAUCUGUAUGAUCUUAAGCCUUCUGUAUUUUACCAGAAGUUAGAUUUAAAUAAAACCGUGAAAUGUC